GUGAGCAUCUUGGCCAUCGUCCUCAACUGUGUGACUCUGGGAAUGUUCCAGCCCUGUGACGACACACACUUCCUGCUGCAGGCGCUGGACGACGGCAUCUUUGUGUUUUUCGCCAGCGAAAUGCUGGUCAAGAUGGUGGCUCUUGGGGUCAUAGGUCACAACGGUUACCUGGGAGACACGUGGAACAGACUGGACUUCUUCAUUGUUAUCGUGGGGAUGUUGGAGUACUCGCUGGACGGACACAACGUCAGCCUGUCGGCCAUCCGGACCGUUCGCGUUCUCCGCCCACUGAGGGCCAUCAACAGAGUUCCCAGCAUGCGCAUCCUGGUCACCCUCCUCCUGGACACCCUCCCCAUGCUGGGCAACGUGCUGGCGCUCUGCUUUUUCGUCUUCUUCAUCUUCGGCAUUGUGGGCGUGCAGCUGUGGGCGGGGCUUCUGAGGAACCGCUGCUUCAUUGGGGAAGAUAUCAAGACGAGAUACAACGUCUCCUUCCUGAGUGUUUACUACCGCCCGAGCGCCACGGACGACCACCCCUUCAUCUGCUCCACGGAGAGGGACAACGGCAUGCUCCGCUGCUCAGACGUGCCCCGCCGACGGGUAGGCGGGACUUCCUGCUACCUGGGUGCUGAGGACGGGCGGCCGGAGAGGGCGCCACCGGGGCCGGGAACCGGGGUGACGUGUGUGAACUGGUACCAGUACUACAAUGAGUGUCGUGCUGGCGAGACCAACCCUCACAAAGGAGCCAUCAACUUUGACAACAUUGGAUAUGCAUGGAUUGCCAUUUUUCAGGUAAUUACUCUGGAAGGCUGGGUAGACAUCAUGUAUUACGUAAUGGAUGCCCACUCUUUCUACAACUUUAUCUACUUCAUCUUCCUCAUUAUAGUGGGAUCCUUCUUCAUGAUCAACCUGUGCCUGGUCGUCAUAGCAACCCAGUUCUCCGAGACCAAGCAGCGGGAGCACGCCUUAAUGAAAUCGGAGCAGCGCGCCCGCCAGCUCCACCAAUCGGCUUCCACGCUCGCCAGCGACAGCCAACCGGGCAGCUGCUACGAGGAGAUCAUCCGCUACCUGGCCCACCUGGGCCGCAAGGCGUGGCGCCGCCUGUCCCGCCUCUUGGCCCGCGCCGCCCCGUGCCUGCGCUGUGCGGGCGUGUGCCGGCAGGACCGCGGCGUCAGCCCCCGAGGGGGCGGGGCCGGGGAAAUCAACGGGCUGGCCCAUCGGCAUUCGGGUCACAGCCCCGGUGACCUCUCGCACCUUCACCAGGUGUACCACCAGCGCCACACGCUACCGCUGGAGCGUGGCCUCAGCGGCGCAGGGAAUGGAUUUAAUUACCCCGUCAUCUCGCCACUCCUCACUCAUCUGGAUGCAAAGAGUCCGACUCACAAGAGGCUGGUUGCCAUGGAGACUGUCAACAGGCUGCCACAGCUGGUGUUGGAACACGGUGGAUGUGUUGCCCAUCCGGCGCUACCCCUGCCGGGGGAGGUCCCGGUGGAGUCCUCGGGGGCGUGUCCGUACUGCAGCUACUACAACCAACUGUGUGACCCCGAAAAUGCCAACGAGGGGCCCGACGACCAUCAGCGUGGCCCCUGCAAGAGCCCGGAGCCUUGCAGCAGCCCCCGUCUGGGCGAGGGGCAGGUGGCCCGCCCUGUGGGGGGGGCGAAGAGGCUUUGCGAGCAUUGCUGGGCGGAGCUGAGGACCAAACUGGAGCUGAUUGUGGGCAGCAGAUACUUCAACAGGGGGAUCAUGAUCGCGAUACUUAUCAACACGCUGUCCAUGGGCAUUGAAUAUCACAAACAGCCACAGGAGCUGACUGAUAUUUUGGAGAUCAGCAACAUGGUGUUCACCAGCCUCUUCAGCCUGGAGAUGCUCCUUAAAGUCCUCGCUUUGGGGCUCUUUGGGUACAUCAAGAACCCUUACAACGGUUUUGACAGCAUCAUCGUCAUCAUCAGUGUGUGGGAGAUUGUGGGCGAGGCAGAGGGCGGCCUGUCCGUGCUGCGGACCUUCCGGUUGCUGAGGGUUUUGAAGCUGGUCCGCUUCCUGCCGGCCCUGAGGAGACAGCUGGUGGUGCUGAUGAAGACCAUGGACAACGUGGCCACCUUCUCCAUGCUGCUCAUGCUCUUCAUUUUCAUUUUCAGUAUCUUGGGGAUGCAUCUGUUUGGAUGUAAAUUUGGUCUGCGGCAAGACAGCGGAGACACGUUACCGGACAGAAAAAACUUUGACUCACUGCUUUGGGCUACAGUCACUGUCUUCCAGAUCCUCACCCAGGAGGACUGGAACGCCGUCCUGUACAACGGCAUGGCGUCCACCACGCCGCUGGCCGCGCUCUACUUCGUGGCCCUCAUGACCUUUGGAAACUACGUCCUCUUCAACCUGCUGGUGGCCAUUUUGGUGGAGGGCUUUCAGGCAGAAGGUGACGCCAACAGGUCAGAGGCAGACGACGAAAGGCAGUCGCUGUCUUACGAGGACGAGGAGAAGCUGAGGGAAAUGUACGCCACAGAGCUGAAGAUCCAGGCCAUGAUCCAGAGCCCCAAUGGUCUCCUCAACCCGAAAGCCUCCAGGCCUCCGCCCCUGUCCUUGCCCGUCAUCACGCACACUGCGGCCACGCCCACCAUGAUGUACGGCCAAUUGCGACGCGCCAGCGCCGCCUCCAUGGAAGUUAACAGCCUGGAGGAGCAAAAGUCACCGCCCCCGUGGGACAGCAGGCCGGAGAGCCGGCGCUCCAGCUGGACCAGCAUGGGCCGAGCCCCCAGCCUGCACAGGAGGAGCCAGUCGGGGGAGAUGGAGUCCCUGCUGUCCGACACCCACACUUUCUCCCGGUCCAGCAGCAGAGAACAGUCCAUGGACCAGCAGGACUACCUGCAGGUGCCCAUGCUGCACACGCCCGACUGCAACGGUACCACCUACCACCUGCCGGACCACGACAACCACAACGCUCCAAACACGUCACUUUACCACGGUCACCAGGACGACGAGGAGAUUGAAGAGACUCUGUAUCAGAAGCUGUGUAAGAUGUUGGCGCCGUACGAGCCUCAGUGGUGCCUGGAGCAUGAAGAGUGGUCUCUCUACGUGUUCGCUCCACACAACCGCUUCAGGGUGUGGUGUCAGAAGACCAUCGGCCACAAGAUGUUCGAUCACGUCAUCCUUCUCUUCAUCUUCCUCAACUGCAUCACCAUCGCCCUGGAACGGCCUGACAUCCAGCCGCACAGCAUAGAGCGAGUGUUCCUCAGUGUGUCCAAUUACAUCUUCACUGUGAUCUUCGUGGGAGAAAUGAUGAUCAAGGUGGUAGCAAUGGGCUUCUACUUUGGAAAGGGUGUGUACCUGCAGAGUAGCUGGAACAUCCUGGAUGGACUGCUGGUGUUCGUGUCCAUGGUGGACAUCCUGGUCUCGGUGGCGUCGGCGGGCGGAAAUCGUAUCCUGGGCAUCCUCCGUGUGCUGCGUCUGCUACGCACCCUGCGGCCGCUCAGGGUGAUAAGUCGGGCUCCAGGUCUAAAGCUGGUGGUGGAGACUUUGAUUACGUCCCUCAGGCCCAUCGGGAACAUCGUCCUUAUCUGCUGCGCUUUUUUUAUCGUCUUUGGAAUCCUGGGAGUGCAGCUGUUCAAAGGGAAGUUCUUCUACUGCGAAGGCUUCAACGUGACAAACAUCACCAACAAAACUCAGUGUCGGGAUGCAGGAUACCGCUGGCUUCGGCGGAAGUACAACUUCGACAACCUGGGACAGGCGCUGAUGUCUCUCUUCGUGCUGUCAUGCAAAGACGGCUGGGUCAGCAUCAUGUACGACGGCCUGGACGCGGUCGGCGUGGACCAGCAGCCAAUCAGAAACAACAACCCCUGGAUGCUGCUCUUCUUCAUCUCCUUCCUCCUCAUCGUCAGCUUCUUCGUGCUGAACAUGUUUGUGGGCGUGGUCGUGGAGAACUUCCACAAGUGUCGCCAGCAGCAGGAGGAGGAGGAGGCGCGGCUGAGGGAAGAGAAGCGGCAAAAGCGUCUGGAGAAGAGGAGGAGGAAGGCGCUGGAGAAGCCCUACUACGCCGACUACUCGCCACUGCGCCGGUCCAUCCACAGCGUGUGCACCAGCCACUACUUGGACCUCUUCAUCACCAUCAUCAUCUUCACCAACCUCCUCACCAUGAGCAUGGAGCACUACAACCAGCCUCAGUACCUGGUGGACAUACUCAAGUACUGCAAUUACGUCUUCACGGUGGUGUUCGUCAUCGAGGCCGUCCUGAAGCUGGUCGCCUUAGGCCUUCGCCGCUUUUUCAAAGAGAGGUGGAACCAGCUGGACCUGGCCAUCGUGCUGCUGUCCAUCAUGGGAAUCACGCUGGAGGAAAUCGACCUGAACGCCUCGCUGCCCAUCAACCCCACCAUCAUACGCAUCAUGAGAGUGUUGAGGAUCACACGAGUGCUGAAGCUGCUGAAGAUGGCCACCGGGAUGAGGGCGCUGCUGGACACGGUCAUGCAAGCGCUGCCUCAGGUGGGGAAUCUGGGUCUGCUCUUCAUGUUGCUGUUCUUCAUCUAUGCAGCUCUGGGAGUUGAGCUCUUUGGAAAACUGGAGUGUUCCGAGGAGAACCCGUGCGAGGGCCUCAGCCGCCACGCCACCUUCGACAACUUUGGCAUGGCCUUCCUCACCCUCUUCCGCGUGUCCACCGGGGACAACUGGAACGGGAUCAUGAAGGACACCCUGCGGGAGUGCCGCCCCGAGGACCGCCACUGCCUCACCUACCUGCCGCUGAUCUCGCCCGUCUACUUCGUCACCUUCGUGCUGACAGCUCAGUUCGUGCUGGUCAACGUGGUGGUGGCCGUCCUCAUGAAGCACUUGGAGGACAGCAACAAGGAGGCGGCGCUGGAAGAGAUGGAGGAGAGGCGGGAGCGCGAGGAGGCCAACAGGAGGAGCAGCACCGUGUCGCUGGGCGGAGACGCUGGCAACAACGGGGACGCACCUGCCCAGGUGCAGGUGGAGGACGAGGGCCGUUGCCGUGGAAACCUGCUGAGCAUCGGCCGCAUGCUGUCAUUGCCUAGUGACAGCUACACCCAGCCGCUCAGAUGUCCUCCUUUUCCUCCUGUUGGCGUGGAGAGCUACACAGCCUACAGCUACUCAGGCUCCGUGUCGUCACUAGCUUCCAGCGGGUGCAGCUCCCUCCUGCAGGUCCCAGGAGCGCUGCCCGCCUUCAGCCACGCCUGCUUGGGGUCGGGCCGCGUCACCCGGCCCAUGAUCCGCCUGAGCAGCUCCCAGAGCAUGGACCGCUACUCCCCCCAGCAAGCCGACCCGUCGGAGGGCGCGGAGGCCUGCCGCGGCGCCAACAGACGGCGACUGGACUCGGCUCACAGCAUGGACGGAGGCCAGUUCAGCCCCGCCCGGGUGUCGCGCGUACACAGACUGAGCUCCGCCCACAGCAUGGACGGCUACAGGCCGGACGGCGAGCAGGAGCGAUCCAAGCUGGUGUCGGGCUACAGCGUGGACAGACACCCGUCCCUCGGCCUCAGUCCUCUGCACGCGGCCAGCAGGGGGCGCUGUCACUGGCUCAGUCCUGAGGAGAGUCUGGACCGGAACAAGCUGAGCCCCUCCUACGUUCCAGACAGUUCUGUCCUCAAGAGACCCGCUUCGUUCCGCACCGCUAGCAGACAGCUGCGGAGACAGGAGGCCGUGCACUCUGACUCUCUGGACCAGAGCGGCUCUGCGGACAACGUGGCGGACGCCGACUCGCCCGCGCCCGCCGCCGCCUCUUCCACGCCGCCCCGCCAGCGCUCGUCCAGCGUCCACACAUUGAAGUGUGCCCAGCCUCAGAGGGUCAUCUCCUGCAGGAGUCGCGGUCACGGCGACACCGGAACGGGACCGGAACACGGAUCCGUGUCAGAAUCGGACACGGUCACCGGCCUCCAGGUGCCCAGCGGGGACUCCCCCUCGCCGGCCCCCAGGUCCGACGCGGGCCCCCAGCCGGACGACGCCGACGAGGAAGUCCGCAGCAUCAACACCUCGGCUCACACGCAACAUUCGCACAUGAGCAGACACCUCAGCCAAUCGGUGUCUCCCGUGUCGGGCAGGAACAGGAAGGAGCGGAUGAGCCCGCCUCCGGGGGAGGAGCCUGUCGCCACGGCGACGCAGCUAAUGGACAGCAGCGUGGAGCUCAGGAGGCGAACUUUGUCGUUUGACGCCUCGACCGUUCCUCCUCACCACGCCGAGUCGAACUCUAUGGACGACUGAAAAAGCACACCAAAAGACUCGGACUACUUCCUGUUUGAGGCCACGCCCCCUGCCUUGCCCUGGCGUGAAUGUGUUGAGACUCCUCCCCUUCCUCCCCAGUGCAGCUUUUUGCACACAUUUAGAGACGUCCUCGCCCCUUCCUUCGUUCAUGUCCUCACACCUCAAAAGCCUCGGUCUGAGUGCCUGAAAGUCCACAUCCACACGUCCCCCGCGUCCUUCUGAGAGCUGACAGCUGUGCCCAGUCUCUAAAAACUACCACCAAAGUACAGUCAAACUCCAAAACUAGCAGUGAACUUGGAUAAGCGUAAAAUGGUCUAUGGUUUUUGGGCUAAUGGGGUUGUUUUAGGGGUUCCUGUUUGAGGUUGGGUUAGGGUUGAGGUCAAGGUUGCCCUUGGAUGAAUUGGACCUUUAGACAGAAUUGUGUUAUCCCGGUUAGGGUCGAGUUAGCACUCUUGGGUAAGGAUUGGGUAAGAUUUGUGGUUGGAUUUUAGGGUUGUAGGUUUAGGCUAGGGUCAUGGUUUGUGGUUGCAGUCAAUUUAGCGUUCCAAGACUAGUGUUGGGUUUAAGUUAGCAUUCUAGGAUAAAGGUGGGUACAAUUUAGGGUUCUGAUUUGGGGAUGGUUCAGUUGAUGGUUCUGUUGAUGUUUGGUUUGAAGUUGGGGUAGUGGUUUGGUUAGGUUGGGGUCAAGGUUAAAGUUAAAGUUAAGUUAAGUUAAAAUACCAAUGAUUGUCACACACACACUAGGUGUGGUGAAAUCUGUCCUCUACAUCUGACCCAUCCCCUUGUUCACCCCCUGGGAAGUGAGGGGAGCAGUGAGCAGCAGCGGUGGCUGCGCCCGGGAAUCAUUUUUGGUGAUUUAACGCCCAAUUCCAACCCUUGAUGCUGAGUGCCAAGCAGGGAGGUAAUGGGUCCCAUUUUUAUAGUCUUUGGUAUGACUCGGCUGGGGUUUGAACUCACAACCUACCGAUCAAUAUUAUGUCAGACCCACUCGACAUCCAUUGCAUUCGGUCUGCCCUAGAGGGGGGGGGGGUUACCCACAUAUGCGGUCCUCUCCAAGGUUUCUCAUAGUCAUUCACAUCGACGUCCCACUGGGGUGAGUUUUUCUUUGCCCUUAUGUGGGCUCUGUACCGAGGAUGUCGUUGUGGCUUGUGCAGCCCUUUGAGACACUUGUGAUUUAGGGCUAUAUAAAUAAACAUUGAUUGAUUGAUUUGGGGAUGGAUUAGAGUUGGGUUUGGGCUAGGGCUUUGAUAAGUGUUAGGUUUAAAUUAGCAUUCUAGGAUAAGGGUGGGUAAGAAUUAGUGUUCUGGUUUGUGGAAUGUUCAGUGUCAGUGUUUGCUUUGGAGUUGGGGUUUAGUUAGCUUUGAGAUCAAGUUAGUGUUCCAGGGUUCAGGUUGGUUAAGAGUUAGUUUUGGGGUUGGGUAUUAGGGUUUGGUUAAUUAUCAGGGUUUGUAGUUGGGAUGUGUUUAGGAUUAGGGUCAAGUUAGCAUUCUAAGGUUUGACUUGGUUAAGACUUAGGUUUGGUGUUGGGUUUUAGGUUUUGGUCUAGGGCAGGGGUCGGCAACCCGCGGCUCCGGAGCCGCAUGCGACUCUUUGAUCACUCUGAUGCGGCUCAGCUGCAUACUUGCCGAACCCCCUGAUUUUCCCGGGAGAUUCCCGGAUUUCAGUGCCUCUCGCAGAAAACUCCCGGAAGUAAUAUUCUCCAAUUUUCACCCUUACAAUAAUAAUAAGGGCGUGCCAUGAUGGUACAGCAUUUAGCACCCUCUACAACCUGUACAAACAGCGUGCCAGCCCAGCCUCUUGUUAUAUGCAUCUUCUACUUGCAUAUGUAAUGAUGUUGUGUCGUUCGUGAACGAUUCGUUCGAACGAACAAAUCUUUUGAGUGAACGUACUGAACCGAAUCACUUCAUGAACUGAACGACGCAGCCAUACUCAUCAUGGGGGCGGGGGGAGGGACUGAGCGAACGAUUCGUUCACCGCGGAUUAACGACAUGAAUCACUCAGUGAACGACAGAAUCAGGACUCGCGAACCGACUGACACAGAGAACUGACUGUGUCGCGGAGGAGGACGUCACAUUGAGGCUCUCGUUCAGUGACUGUGCGCGUCGUUCAAUGGGUGCUGAGGGCUUGUGUCGUUCGCGAACUGACAUACACCGAGAUCUGCCGCUGGGGUAGCUGUUACUGACUGACUCAUGAUUCGCCGACCUGCACACAGAACUGCUGCUGCAAAAGUGAUUCAGGUUCACGUACUGAACUGUGCUGACUGUGGCGCUGUGUCAGUCACUCACUGCCUGGUGUACUGCAUGCACAGAGCUGUGUAGGGACUCACGUUCACCCUAUUUGCUGCUUCUCCCGCGAAUGUCUGCACUGUACUGUACUACGCACGC